AUGUCCGACAAUGCAAGCCGGCCAGCACUCGACGACCCGACCGCAUACGUUCUAUACCGAUACAUCCCCUCACAAGUAGCAGCGAUCAUAUUUGUGGUUCUAUUCGGCCUCACGACAAUUGCGCACAUAUUCCAGCUCAUCAAGAAGAGGACAUGGUAUUUCACACCACUUGUGGUUGGCGGCCUAUUUGAGGUCAUAGGUUUCAUUGGGCGUUUCCUAUCACACGACGAUGUUUGGGCACUCGGCCCAUUCAUCAUGCAGUCGCUGCUCAUCCUACUUGCUCCGGCACUGUUUGCGGCUUCCAUCUACAUCAUACUGGGUCGAAUCAUCCUGCUAGUGGAUGGAGAGCGGUAUUCAUUAGUGCGAAAAAAGUGGCUCACGAAGAUUUUUGUCGCAGGAGAUGUAUUCAGCUUCAUGUUGCAAGGCUCAGGCGGCGGUAUCCAAGCGAUGGGUACUCUAGACUCUUUGCACACUGGCGAGCAAAUCAUCAUUGGCGGUCUUUUUGUCCAACUGAUCUUCUUCGGUCUCUUCAUCGUCGUAGCCGGAGUUUUUCACUACCGCCUGGUCAGAGAUCUUCCUCUAAAGAAACGCUACAGCUUGUCGUCGCUGUUCAAAUCUCAGAAAUCUCACGCAGUCGUACACACCUCAUCCACGGUGUCCCGGUCCAUUCUGUCUGAGAUGCCUUGGAAGCGCCACCUGUUCAAUCUAUACAUCGCCAGCGCUCUCAUCAUGGUUCGAAGCAUCUUCCGCGUGGUGGAGUACAUUGGAGGGAAUGCAGGAUACCUGCUCAGUCACGAGGUAUACCUAUACGUCUUCGAUGCCAUGCUCAUGUUCUUCGUCAUGGUAGAGUUCAACUGGGUCCAUCCAAGUCAGGUCACGGAUGCGCACCAGAAGAGACUACGAAGCGGCUCGCCUAUGGAGCUCCAAAUCUCCCCCGAUGAAACUACUGGCGCAGAUGAGGAGAACAUGCUGGAAAAUCGGGAAGCUCAGAGUGGGGUACGCACUGGUGGUUGGGUUCCUUCCCAAGGUUGA